UGGUAUUCGUGAUAAUUUCCAGUUUGCUCACAACACUGCAAUUUGGCAAAAAGCAAGGGAAAUUAUUACAUGGGAAUAUUUCUGAAAUUGUGACAAUUCUUGGUAUAACUACAAAUUUUCAGCAGCCCUUUCUUUUCAAAUGUAUUGGGUAUGAAUCAAUUAAGAGGUCUAUGCAGUGCCCUGUCUAACUUGGCAAUCAAAACAGCACAGCCAACAUGCUACCCAAGACUCCCUCAGAAUCUUCAAACUGUAGCACAUAGCAGAAUAUUAUCAAAUUUUCCUCUGAAUAAUGUGGUGAAUAACAUAGGAGGGAGUCAAGGUUUCGCAACCACUUCAACAUUGAGGGCAUCCCUUGAACGUAUGCAUAGGACAGGGCCACAUUAUAAGGUCCGACCCAAGAAGUCAAGAAUGGAUGGUCGUCCUCAAAUGAAAGGUGUUGUGCUUAAAACCGUCAUUAAAAAGCCAAAGAAACCAAAUUCAGCCAAUAGAAAAUGUGUCCGAGUCAAGUUAAGCAAUGGGAAGGAAGUAACUGCUUAUAUACCUGGCAUAGGGCACAAUUUACAAGAACAUAACAUUGUAUUGGUUAGAGGUGGUCGCUUGCAGGAUGUACCAGGUGUAAAGCAUAAGUGUAUACGUGGAAAAUAUGACUUGGCUCAUGUACAAAAACGUGUUUAGUGAUUUACAUUUGAUGACAUGAAGAAGAAACAAGGGGUCCAUUUUUGACAUUGCUUUCUUUGAUCUAGCUCAUGUUUUCCUUUUAAAACUAAAUGAUUACCAUGUUAGACAAUGGACUCUGGUUCCGAUGUAGUAAACAUUGUGUUAUAUGUUACCCGAGUGUAAUUGGAUAUAAUACACAAUUGUUUCAAACUUUAAAAGCCACUUUAAAAAUUCAAGGAUUUUGUUGAAAUAAAUUCAAAGCUGUCGGACUUCUUAUUAGAAAGCAUGUCAAAGAAUGAUGAGAACAAAAAUUAUUGUAUUUUUUAAAAUAUACUCUCAACACAUUUCUAUCUUAUUCCUUGUGCUUCCUAGCCUUUAGCACAAUACCUUGUUUUACCUUUGAUUUUUGAAUAUAUGAAGUAAUAUAAUGCAAAAUCCACUCCAUUGUUUUGGUUAAUCUCAUUUUUGAUUUGGUUACUGUAUGUGAAAUUUGUAAAUGUACAAACUAUGGAUAAUAGUGCAUUAUUUGUUAAAUACACAAACGAGGUUUAGCGUGUCCAAAAUUAUGAAGAUAGAUUCUUUUCUUACUUUAGCUUCUGCUGAAUAAUGGAAAAUAAUUAAAGGGCAAAUAAAUUAUGAAAGAAUUGAUGCAUAUAAUGAUUAGUUUUCUUGAUUCCAUCGAGUUUCCCACAAAUCUAAUGCCCAUUGACUAAGUUUCCCACAAAUCAAAUUCCCAUUGACUUGAUUUCCCACAAAUCGAGUGCCCAUUGACUUGAUUUCCCAUGUAUCAUAUUAUGACAAUUGACUUGGUUUCCCACAAAUCAAAUGCCCAUUGACUUAGUUUUCCACAAAUCGAAUAUCUAUUGACUUAAAUUCCUACAAAUCAAGUGUCCAUUGACAGCUUCCCUCAAAUCAAAUGCCCAUUGACUUAGUUUCCCACAAAUCUUAUCAAAUGCCUAUUGACUUGAUUUCCCUCAAAUCAAAUGCCCAUUGACUUAGGUUCCCAGAAAUCAUAUGCCCAUUGACUUAGUUUCCCACAAAUCAUAUCAAAUG